AAACUCAUUUGAUUUGAAGAUUUGAAAAAGUUCCAACGGAUUUGUUUUGCAAUUUUGUGUAAGUGAUUGGUUCAGUAUGGAUGUAAGACCUUUAUUUUUAAUUGAAGAAAGGGAGAAAACUUUUAAGAAUUGGCCGUUUUCCGAUAAAAAGAAAUGUAAUGUUCGUAAUAUGGCUGAGGCUGGAUUUUACUCAGUUGCAACUGGUACUGAUGAUGUAGAUGCGGCUAAAUGUUUCCUUUGUGGUAAGGAGCUUGACGGCUGGGAAGCUGACGAUGAUCCUUGGGCAGAGCAUAAAAGUCAUGCUGGCAAAUGUGCCUUUGUACAACUUGGAAAAAAUGAAAACGACCUACUGCUUUCAGAAUUUUUAUCAGUAGUUAAGCAAUACAUGAUAAAUGAAAUCAAAAGGAUGAGUGAAGUAGCCAAAGAAAAAGUUGAUGAAAAGGCUAAAGCUGUACAGAAAAAGUGUUUUGGAAGAAAAUGAAAUUGUUACUCUAUGUUCUAGAUUAAUUUAAUUAAGAUAAUCUGUUUAAUAUUGUU